AUGGCAGAGAAAGAAGAGAAAGCAAAAAAACUAGGAUUGCCCAAAGUAAGAGCACUCGCAGCUGAAGUAAUUGGAUGCGGUAGAAACAAAAUAUGGAUGGACCCAACUGAGUCAAUCAAGCUCUCAGAAGGAAAAACCAAGGAGCAGGUCAACCAGAUGAUUGAUGAUGGACUGAUAGUCAGAAGACCAGACAUUGGCCAGUCCAGAGGAAGAGUCAGACAGUUUAGAUUAGAGAAGUCCAAGGGCAGACACAGAGGUCUCGGCAGAAGAAGAGGUACAAAGAACGCCCGAUUCCCCCAGAGAAAGAUAUGGAUGCUCAGAAUAAGAGCCAUCAGAAAGGAUCUCAAAGAGCUCAGAGCCGAGGGAAGAAUCGACAGGACGAUGUACAGAUCAAUUUACUUGAAGGCAAAGGGAGGAUACUUUAAGAACAGAAGAAUGAUGAAGGAGUACGUAGUCAACGAAGAAGUCAGAAGAAAGAAGGAAGAAAUAGUCAUGGCACAAAUGAAUGUUUCAAAAUAA